AUGAAUGCGAGGUCAUACAGUAUGAGCCAUCGGACAACAGAUAUUCCUCAUGGACCUAGGAUGAGCAGUGGACAGCAGAUCCCAUCUAUCAGAGUUCAUGCAGAAACGCCCUGCCUGUCUUCAAGUAGCAGCACGCCAAGCCCAGCUAUUGGAAACUUGUCUGCCAGCCCACACUUAAAGAUGCCCCUUGGAGGAGGGGUAGCUCCUCAGAGCAACAUCAUUGACAGUACUCUUCACCUUCCUGCUCUCAGUCCCAGGAAACCAGUGGUUACAAAUGGGAAGCCUUUAUUACAAGUCCCACAGCCCCCAGGACUGCCAGCCCCACAGUCUUUAAAGCCAAAACCGCAAGAAUUUGGAAAUAGUUUCUCCCCAUGCACAGGUGAAGGAGGUCUUGAUUAUGGACCCCAGUGCAAGUCCAUUGGAAAAGGCAGCUGCGACAAUGUAAUAGUCACCAGCAGUCCCGUGACAGUUCAACAGCUGGGACCUCUUUCACCUCCUGCUAAUCGGGUUUCAACAGCAUGCAACCAGAUCAGCCCUAGAUUACAGAGGUCUAUGGAUGUUUCCAGCCUGAGCGUUUCUCCAUCAGAUACAAGGUCACUCUUGUCACGUGAGUCUCUGGCCUCUACAACGAUAAGCUUGUCAGAAAGUCAGUCCACUCUGAGUGUUAAGCAAGAGUGGUCGCACGGGUACAGAACAUUUUCUUCUGUUCCUCCUGACCAAGGUUUACAAAAUGGCAGCGAGCUGGGGAACUUACUAAAUUUUUCACCUGGAACAUCUGUGUUAAGUAACUGUGUCUCUAACUUGUUGCCGUCCCACUUACAUGGCAUGGAAAAUAAACAUUCCCCUCACUCUAGUCCUCACCAUUCCUCAGCCCGGUCUCAAUCAGCCCGCUCCAAAAAGAGAGCACUCUCUCUAUCUCCUCUCUCUGACGGCAUUGGGAUUGACUUCAAUACAAUCAUCCGUACAUCCCCAACCUCUCUGGUGGCCUACAUCAACAGCUCCAGGACAUCACCAACAAACGUCUCCCCACAGCCUGAGGUCUAUGGACAUUUUCUAGGAGUGAGAGGAAGCUGUAUACCCCAAAAUUGCUCUAUUCCAGCUUCCCAGAAAGGCCUUCUCAUGGCUAAUGGCAACGUCACCUUCCCAGGGUGUGUGGAGAAUGGGGCUGGUGAAUAUCAGCGGAUGCAGCAGCGUGAGCAAGCCAGCUUGCAGAUGGCCGCCACAAGUAACAUGGUGAUCCAGCAAGGCAUGCUGCCUGCAGAUAACCAGGCAGUGAGCCUCCUAAAAAAUGAACGUCUGGAUGACUUCUCAGGCCGUAUGGUCAACAUGCCUCCUCCAUCCCUGCUGUCGCCACCUCCUCCACAAGGGCCACCCCCACCAUACCAUGCUCACCAGCACCGGCAUCCACACAGCCUCCCCAGUCACAUUCAUCCUCUGCCUGUGCCUCCUGUCCCAAGGUCCCUGCUUGAUGAAGAUGGUGAGCUAGAUGAUUUCAAUGGCAAGCACGGCUGUCGCUGGGUUGACUGCAGUGCGCUGUAUGACCAGCAAGAGGAACUUGUGCGGCACAUAGAGAAGAUCCAUAUAGACCAGAGGAAAGGAGAGGACUUCACUUGCUUCUGGGCAGGGUGCCCAAGAAGGUACAAGCCAUUUAAUGCCCGUUAUAAACUGCUGAUUCACAUGAGAGUCCACUCAGGAGAGAAGCCAAACAAAUGCACAUUUGAGGGUUGCAAGAAAGCUUUUUCCAGACUAGAAAAUCUCAAGAUUCACUUAAGGAGCCAUACGGGUGAAAAGCCGUAUCUUUGUCAGCACCCUGGCUGCCAGAAAGCAUUCAGCAACUCCAGCGACCGUGCCAAGCACCAGAGGACACACUUGGACACUAAACCUUACGCAUGUCAGAUUCCAGGAUGCACCAAACGAUACACAGAUCCAAGUUCCCUAAGAAAGCAUGUGAAAGCCCAUUCUUCCAGAGAUCAACAAGUCAGGAAAAAGUUGCGAUCGAGUUCAGAGCUUGGCCAGGACAUCCUGAAUGACUGCCUUGCAAUCCAGCCCCUCCAGCCAGCCCUGUCACCACAUGAUGCUGCAGAUAAUACCGUGGGACACUCUCCAGGGCCUGCUCACGAUAUUUACCCAGCACCAUUUUUUAAUAGUAACUUUUCCACUGGGCAGCAGCUGCCAGCUGGGGCAGUGUCCUUGUCCCACUCCAGCAGCCACCCCUCUCUUGGAUGUGACCUACAGAGUAGUCCUCUCCAUCCUUCCCCUCAGUUACCUCUUCUCUCAGCUGCGGACUCAGAGAGAUUUGUUGCUCCGGCUUCUCCUAACCACAUGAGCCCCCACAGAAUUUCAGUUCCACACCACAUGAUGCAGAGACGGACUCCACAGCCUCCCCACCUUCAACAGCCUACAGGAAUGCCUCUAAAGACAUACCAGCAAGGAGGAAACCCUUCUGUUCAACCAAAUAGCCUCUACAUCCAAGGUUUUUAUGGGCAGCUUCAGACUUUCUGCCCUCCACACUGUACUGACACUCAGAAGAAUGUACAACAUGGUGUUUCUUGCAAUACGGUUCCUCCUUUUGAAGACUGCUUAGUUCCGACAUCUGUGGGCCAGGCAGGGCUUGGAAUUUUCCAUCGAACUUUUUCGGCUCAUUCUGGUAUUACAGUUUAUGACUUUCCAGCAGGGUCCACAGGUAUCUUUGGUGAUUCAGCUCGCAGCAUGUCAGAGGAUAGCAGUUUCCUACAAGUAAAUGCAGUGGAUCGUUGUUCUAGCCAGCUUUCUUCUGUUUACACUGAAGGAUAA